AUGCUUGAGGUAAUCAAAUCUAAACUGUCGAAAAUAUUUGCAGUGAAUGGUUCAGGUGACUUGAAAUCUUACGUGGGAAUAAACAUAGGUUACGAUUUUAAAAAAGGUGUCAUAAAACUCGAUCAGAAGCAUUACAUUGAGUCUUUAGCGAAGAGAUUCGUGGUUGAGAACAGCAAAUUAUAUAGUACACCGAUGGAGCAAAAUUUGAAACUGGAAACAUCGCAAUCGGCGUCAAAUGAAAUUAAAUAUAGAAAUCUCAUUGGAGCAUUAUUGUAUGUUGCUAUUGGAACAGGAAUAGACAUUAGCUAUAGUGAAAAUUAUUUAAGACGAUUCCAAAAUUGUUACGAUGAACCUCAUUUGAAAUACGCUUUAAGAAUAAUGGAUUGCUCUGUUGCCGCUGAUUGGGGUGGAUAUAGAUCAGAUAGAAAACCAACUACAGCUGCUGAAAAUGAACCGUUAUCAGAAGCAGUUAGCGAGUUAAAGUAUUUAAAGAAACUGCAAAUAGGUUUUGAUGUAGAGAUUGAAAAGCCAAUAAAAACUAAUGAAGAUGAUUCAGGCGCAACCGCAAUAUCGAAAUAUGGAAAUUUAACAAAAAGCUCGAAAUAUAAUGGAGUAUAUAAUCAUUUCCUACAUAAAUGCUAUGAACAUCAAAAAAUACUCAUUGUAAGGAUUGAUUCAGAGAGCACCGUAGCCGAUAUUUUGACCAAAACAUUAGGAUGUAAUAAGUUUGAAAAUCUUAGGCGAGUUGCAAGACUAACUUAA